UAUUUUAAUUUUUUUCCUUUUCUUGCUUUUGUGUGGUGGAGAUGGAGGAGGGUACAAAUGGAGUACAAAAAUUAGUGUACCCCUAACAUUUUUGUAUUUUGUCUCAUGUCAAAUAUAACAACCCAAAAAAGAAAAGAUACUCGUACGGUCAUAAGGAAAGAUUAAAGAUGAUUGGUACCCCGAACUCUGUUGGAAAAUUAAACGUCUUUUUGUCCGAAGGACAAAAUCAGUAAAGCAGCACACCUUUCCUGUCAUCGCCUCCGGGCUCCGUCUCCGUCUCCACUCCUCUCCGAUCACCGGCCGUCCGUUUCCAUGAUUUCUCCGUCGACCCGAACGUCCCCCGAACCAAAACCCUUGCUUUCCGAAAAUAUCACCGCAAGUUCCUCGAUUCCCGAUGUCGUCGAGUUUCUGAGGUCCUCUUUCCAGGCGAAGGACUUCAUUCUUGGCAAGAAACUACUCUGCCAACGGGAAAAUUCCCUCAAGGCUGAGUUGGAGAGUGUGAGGAACGCUAAGGAAUCCGCUGUGAAGGAGCGAGACUUGGAGAUUUUGAAAAUCAGGGAGGAAUUGAAGAAAUGCAAAAGUGAGAACCAAGAUUUGAUCCAAAGAAACAUUUCUCUGAAGCGUGAAAUUGAAGAUAAAGAUAAUGACUAUGCCAAGCUCGAGGAGAUGGUGGGUCGUUUGGAGGAGGACAUUGCAGCAAAAGGGGGUUUUGAUCCCUCCACACUAGCAACCAUCUACAAGCAUCUCGAUGGCGAGCUCCCGAAUGAGGAAGACGGGCUUAAUCUGGGUACCCAAAGGCUUGAACCCACGCCUGUUGUUGGACUUGGUGUCAACAGUCCCAAGAAAGAAGACAUGCCAGCAGUUGUUGUUCUCAGCGACUCCGAGGACGAGUUGCCAUUGGACAGUCCUUCGAAUUGUAGAAAGAAGAUGAAGUAUGAUGAAGAAACAGAAGCUUCAAAAAACAGCAAUGGAGCUAAAGAAUGGACCACAGAACGGCAGAUGUGUACGGCAUUUGCCUUUGAUGACGAACUUUGUAUGCAUGCUGUUUGUGCCCUAUAUAGAAAGUUAAUUUCUGCACCAAUGUCCUUGAAGGCUGUGGACCGAGUGUUUGAGCCAGACGACGAAAUGGGGGUUGAAUUGGCCAAGUAUUUCAUCGACGGGCACCCAGAAAACAACCUUAAGAGGUCCAAGUUGGAAGCAUCUGCCAAUGCUAUCAAACACUCUAGGAAAAUAGCUGAGAAGUACAUCAAGCAACUUUUUCGCAUUUACACCAGCGGAGAAGAUCCAUUGUUUUGUCAUGACUCUGUGACCACCAUGCUUUACUCUGCUCCCAAAGAUGAAAUUUGAAGACUGUACCUUUGCACGUUGGUCUUUAUGGCAAUGGGCGUGUUCUUUGGCGAAUGUAAAUUCCUCUAGUUUGCCAGUGUCUGAUAUGCUUGGAUGCCCUUUUUGCUUGGCUUUUGCAGGAACGUGAAAAUGCUUAGGAUGUGUAUAACCCUUAUUUUUAUAACCUAUGGUUCUUGGUGAAAUCUGUAUGUUCAGUCUUCUUGAAAAGUGAAAGAACUUGCUCUUGGAGCUUUGUAAAAAAGCAGUAUUUAUCAAGGUAACUUUGCUGCUUAACU